AUGGCAACUUCAAGCUCCAACAUUAAUUUGUGUUUCUUGAUGUUGUGUGUAAGCCUUCUUAUAACAACAACCUGUCAUGGUUACUCUGAUCAUGCUGCUUUGUUUAUCUUUGGUGAUUCAUUGUAUGAUGCUGGAAACAAUAACUACUUCAAUAAUACUAUUAUCAGAGCAAAUUUCACCCCAUAUGGGGAAACCUUCUUUAAGUAUCCUACUGGAAGGGCUUCUGAUGGUAGAUUAAUUCCAGAUUUUAUUGCUGAAUAUGCAAAUCUACCAUUGAUUCCACCAUAUCUACAACCCGGUAAUAAUCGAUUUAUAGAUGGAGCCAACUUUGCAUCGAUUGGCGCUGGUGCUCUUGUUGAAACUAAUGGAGGAUUGGUGAUAGACCUUCAAACUCAACUGAGUUAUUUCAUGAAUAUGGAGAAACAACUAAAGCAGCAACUUGGUGAUACAGAAGCUAAGAAAGUGUUAUCCAAAGCUGUUUACAUUUUCAGCAUUGGAGGCAAUGACUACUUUGCAGCUUUAGCCCCAAAUUCUACUAUUCUUCAGUUACACUCAAGAAAAGAGUACGUGGGGAUGGUUAUAGGCAAUAUAACAACGGUGAUCAAAGGAAUACAUAAGAGAGGAGGGAGGAAAUUCGGAUUUUCAAAGAUGAUUAAUUUGGGUUGUUUACCAUCCUUGAGGGCAGUUAAAAUGGCUAACACAGGUAGAUCAGGUUGCAUGGAUGAAGCUACAUUGUUGACAAAACUACACAAUAGAGCACUCUCUAAAACGCUCAAAGAACUUGAGAGACAGCUAGAAGGAUUUAAAUACUCUAAUUUUGAUGCCUAG